AUUUACUAUAAAAUGAAGACCUAUAUUGUUUUAGCCCUCUUGGUCUGCAGUGUCUUUACUCUUACUGAUGUUCAGGAGGUUGAAGCUGAGUUGCCAACUGAAUUCCAGGUUGAGACUACUGAGAGUGCCCUGCAAUAUUACUAUGACUUCUUGAAGGGAGUAUUCUUAGACAAGAGUUCUUUGGCUUAUCCUCCAGUAUAUAGGCAAUGCGAUAAAAGAUGGGGAAGUGAUUAUAUGGGAGAUAAGACUAUAUGCCAAGUUGGAUGUCUCAUGAGUUCAAUGUCAAUGGCUCUUGCAGGACUUGGAAGAACCAUCAAUGGUGAAACUGUUAAUCCAGGAAAUUUUAACCAAUGGCUUAGAGAAAAUGAUGGAUAUAAUGGAAACUUGUUCCGCUGGAGUAGGAUGCAUGCAGGAUUCAAUCUGAAAUAUCUAGGAAAGAAGGAAGGAGGAGAUCACGAUGUAGAUAAAGAUCAUCUAACUAUUAUCAACGUCCAUGAUGGAAGCCAUUGGGUAUAUGUAGUAAGUAAGAGCGGUAGCACCUACGAGGUUGUAGAUUCUGCAUUUCCAACAUCAACCUACGAAAGCUCAGAAGUUGUCCGUGCUGCUACUCUCCAGAUUUUGUAAAGAGGUAACUUUUCAAAUAUGA